CCAGUCGUUAGCACCGCGCCGAGGUAGACGGACGUGUGCGCACGGCGCAAAUGUUACCGAAACCACGCGGGAAAUAGUUGCGUCGAACGUGAAAACUUUGAAAAAAAUAAGUAAAAGAAAAUUUUCUCUUUAAUUUUUUGUACGAUUCUUCUUCGGACAAAAUCAAUAUAGGUGACAUUACCGAAAUGGGUGCGAGUGCAAGGAUUACCCUUUUGUUUCUAAUGAUUUCUGCCGCAACUGCUGUUCCCACAGGAGAAACGAGACAUUACGAUGAUACCAGAGAUCUCAACGCGGAAUCAUCCGAAAUCAUAUCAGAAGCAGUGCUGCCUCCCGCCGCACUCAAACAAGAAGAGCAAGACAAUGACAACGCCGCAGCAGCAGACCAGACGGACCACUCCAUAGAGCUGGUGGGCGAUUCACAAUCAUUCUUCCCCUCCUUCGCGAACCUCUUCGAAAGUCGGGAGAACCGACAGCAAAAUAACUACAGAUUCGGCUUCGGAAAUGAGGGUGCCUAUAGUCAGAGGCCCAACUCUUACAGAUCUCUGCUGAACUAUCCUUUAUUCGGCAACUACAGAAACUUCGAAGGAUUCGGGAAGCAGAGCACUCCUACUGCAGCGCCACUUGUUGACGCCAGUUCCAGUGUUCUAGGCUCCGGAAACUUUGGCAUAAUCAAAGGAGGCACCUUCUUAGGACAGAACGAUGAAGAUGAUUACAGCGACGGCUUCAAUUCCUUCUACAAUAACGGCCACGGCAGACCGUCCAUCGGCGUCGGUUAUAUAGCUAAUCCCAGACCUAAUUAUAAUCAAGAUCAAUUCGCCAAUUUCAGAGACUUCGCUGAUAUCAACGCUCCCUCUAACUCCGCUUACUCCCACUUUGUCGUAGUCUACGCUAACAAGAAUGCCACGAUGGAUGAGAUCAGCGAAGAAACGAGACGAGUCGUAUCAGAGCCCAAAAACAUCAUCGAAACAUUGGAGCGACUUGACAAGACUACGUCAACUUCACCACCUAAAACAUCGAAGACCAAAGUCAAGUUAGCGGCAACGAAGCAGAAGAUGCUUAACAAAAAGGAGCAGUGGAAAAAGAAAUACCCAAAGUCCCACAGUUUAAAACAUGAUCCGGAGGAGCCUUUACUGGCGUUAAGUUAAAGUUAGUAUUAAUACAAAAAGACUUGCGUUGCGUAAGUGAUAUACCAGUUGGAAAGUGUGUGACAUACGUCGCGCCUGCCGCCGAUGUCGGGGCGUGACUAAAAAGUUCUGUGUCUAAACUUAAUUUUAUGUAAGUGUCGUAUGUGUACGAUUGUGUAAGUGCUCUCCGAUGCUUGGGUGACGAAUGUAUGACAAUAUUGUAAGACAUGAGAUGUGAUGAAUUUAAAUUAAAGUAUUAAGA